AUGGGUACUAAUUAUGUCAUUGUGGUCUCUGUUCUUGAGGGCAAGAACUUCCCCGUCCGCCAUGACCGGUAUCUGGUGGUGGAGGCCAAGUUCGACGGGGAGGUGAUGUCCACCGACCCGGCCCCCCACGUGAUGCGCCCCCACUUCAGCACCGAGCUGGCUUGGGAGGUGGACAAGAAGGGGCUGCAGAUGCACCGGCUGCAGCGCUCCCCCAUCAAGCUGAACACAUGCAAGAACUUCCCCGUCCGCCACGACCGGUACCUGGUGGUGGAGGCCAAGUUUGACGGGGAGGUGAUGUCCACCGACCCGGCCCCCCACGUGAUGCGCCCCCACUUCAGCACCGAGCUCGCUUGGGAGGUGGACAAGAAGGGACUACAGAUGCACCGACUACAGCGCUCCCCCAUCAAGCUGCAGUGGUACGCCCUGGACCUGGACUCCCCCAAGAAGGAGACCAUCGGGUACAUGAUCCUCGACAUACGCCUGGCGCAGGAGAAACUGCAGAGUCCGAAGUGGUACCCGAUGCUGAACUCCAAGUACCAGAAGGAGAAGCCCGAGGUCCUGCUCUGCCUCUACCUGGAGAGGGUGGCGGAGGACGUGUCCAAGCGGAACUCCAUAGCGGAGGACGGCGGCAGGAAGUCGUCCUCCGCCAGGGCGCCGGUGGUCCAGAGGGCCAAGUCCCAGGGGGGCACCCCCCAAAAUGGCGCCAGGCUGAAGCCGGUGCUCCUCUCCCACGCCGGCUGCUACCAGAUCGGGCCGCCGGAGUUCUGCAGCCAGAAGUUCGUCUUCUCCGUCACCCUGGCUUUCGCCGCCAACCUCAACAAGCUGGCCCCCCCUGCGAUGCUGAAGUCUUCGAAGGGGUUCUACUUCUACUACUCGCUGUUCGACAACGACGUGAUGACGGAAAAGUUCCCCAGCCUCUCGAAUCCGGAUUUUCUUGCCGAGAGGGCAUCCGUCAGGAUCUCCAGCUCUCCCAAGGUACUCGCCGAGUACUUUGAAGAGCACCCCUCCCUAGAGAUCAUUUUGUGCUGCGGGGAUGUCUCUCUGGGUUCCGGUCAGAUUCCCUUGGAACCAUUUUCCUGCGUCAACAGGCAUAACAUAGAUGAAGAACCUUUGUGCAUCGAAGGAAGCGUACAAAUCUCCGCCACUGAGAAGACUUCUCGAUUAGGAGGGGAUGACCUUUCGCCCUUUGUGGGAGUGACCGUCGUUCUUCAGGUUGAUAAACCUGAAGAGCAAAAUGAAGAUGCGAAAGAUUCCACUCCGGUUAAAGAAGAGAACGAGGGAAAGAACCCACAACCAUUCCAAGCACACCCGAAGUGCAAUCAGAACAACAAGUGUUUUGAGAAAACGAACGUGAAGAGUUCUGACGUGCAAGAAAACCAAAGAGACCCACAGAAAGAGUAUCAGCUCCACAAGGAGUCGAACCAUUCCUUGGUCAACGGCUCCGGCGACCCUGAUGUCAUCCCCUGCAACCAUUCCGCAGACAGCACUCCCCCAGGGAAUGGUGACAUCACUGGACGUCCUGCUUCUAUUCCUGUUCAGGGAGAUGGAAGCGCCAGGCAUUUCUCCUUCAACCUGGACCUGCGCAAUUUCCAAGCCACCCGAUUGGCCCAUCCCAUUCAUCUGUUCAUCAGGUACUCGUAUCCGUUCUUCGGAACAACGACGUCCAUGGUGACUCAUCCCGACAUGGAAGUGCACCCCAAGAGCCAAGUGUCCAUCCCCCACGGCUACUGUGCCUUCAACUUUGCCACCACCUUUGCCCUCCUCAAGUCCACCUUCUGGGAGACUCCACUUUUGUUAGAAGUUUUGCAUCGGAAGAAAGGAAGCCAAGAACAACCUGUGGGUACAGCACGCGUGAAUUUGUUCCAAGUUCUGGAUGCUCCAGCACAGUCCACAACGGUGGAAAAAAAGCAAGGUAUGUGCCGGAUGUGCUCCUGCAAGGUAGUCGUCACAUCACCCGAAGGGUAUGAAAUCGGUGAAAUCUAUGCCGCGAUGACAUUGAUCGACUUCGGCCCCACCUCUGUUCUCUGUGACCGCCAUUCCAACCAGCCGAACAUUCCGUGUUUCCCUCAAGCUCAGAAUUUCACCCCCCACUUUGAAAUUCCCCUCUUGAGGCAGAAUGGGCUGACCCAGGACGAGAGGCUACAGGCAGCGCUGGAGCUGGAACUGUGGCAGGAGAGGCAGAGAGAAAUUUUCAGAGCGCAGCUGAAAGACAAAGAAAUGCAGUAUCUUUCUGUUCUCACUACCGAAUGGAAGCAGAGAGAUAUGGAACGAGAGCUGAUGCUGCAGAGAAAACUACAAGAGUGCCAAAAGUUGGAGGUGAAACUCAAUGCUACGUUGAAAGAUGCAGAGAUUAAAGAAAAGCAGUUGGCUUCACAGGAUGCAGAACUUUCUGCGAGACUCCAAGAGAUCAAUAGGCAACAGGAACAAAAGCAGAGGGACACGAAGAAUAGGAUGGAUGCCCUCAAAAUGGAGUUUAACGAACUGCUGACUCUGGAGAGGCUCAAAGUAGAAGAUCUCCAAAAGCAAAACAGCUCUCUUGUUCGUCAGAUUAAAGAGCUGGAGAGGGAAGUUCAAGAGCAAAGAGAGUCUCUGAAAUCUAAAAUCAACAAAGACCCGGAGGACUUGAACUUGAGGACGGAAGUCAAUAUCCUCAGCAUGGAAAAGGCGGAACUGCAGCACAAGCUGGAGCUGGCCAUCGCCUCCAAGCAGAAGUACAAGGUGCAGUGGGGGCAGACCGUGCGACAGGUUUCCGGACUGCAGCAGAAACUGCACAUGAUGGAGCGGGUGGAGCUGGCCAGGAGGGACGAGGAGAUCCUGGCCCUGAGGAGGAAGCUCCUCGCCGCAGAGGAGAGGAGCAUCUCCCGGAUGGACGAGGAGAUACGGGGGAUGGUGCAGGAGAAGGUCGAAAGCCUGAAAUCCGUGGUCUCGCCGGAAAACGGGAAAAUCCCGGAAAGGAGGCCUCCCUCCGUGACGAGCGACGUCCGAAUGACUCCCACCGGCGACGUCGGCCCUCACCUCGACUCCAACGCGACGGAAGCCAAACCCAACGCCAACCCCGGUGCCAAACUCUCCCCCUACAAGCCAAACGGCGAGAUGACGCCCGACGACGCUGACUGCGUCGCGGAGUCCCCGUCUAAGCCGAUCAGGGACUCGUCGGACAUGAACGGCAACACGACGUCGAACGUCCACGUGCGUCAGCUGCUGGCGAAGAAGGACACGCUCCUCAGGGCGGGGAUGUACUCGGAGCAGGACCGGCUCAUCAGGGACCUGAACGUGCACAUCGACAAGGCCAAGAUGGCCACCAAGUGAAGAGGUCUCAGUCAGUAUUAUUUGUAAAUAGAUCCCAUCGUCAUCUUCCAAUAAAUAUUUAUGGGGGAGAUGCGUCUUCCUCC